AUGUCUGACUCGGAGCACUCCUCCCAGCUGAUCCCUGAAGCUUCCGCCAACAGUCCCUCUCCCACUGAACUUUGCAAGUUAGUCGUUGACUCGCCCAAGUUCCAAGAGGAGAUGGCAAAGCUUGCCAAUGAAAUCGAACGCCAGCAAUUGAUUCGGGUCGUAAAAGACAACUUUGAGUGUGAAGAAGACCUUGCCAAUAUGUAUCCAUGCCCUAAGGACGCGAAUAUCGUUGACAAUUUGCUGCUGUUGUUAUUGGCCAUCAGCAUGCUUCCGGGGAUUGGCGCUGACGACGGUCAAAAGUUGUCUCGGGGUAUUGCCGAGGUAACGCAAAUUGCUGAAUUUACCCAGAAGAAGUUGGAUAACACGUUGACCGCUGUCCCCGACGCACCGAGUGAGGAGGACAGAUUGCAGCUGGCUUAUGAAGCCACCGAAUUGGUCAGAGCGAAGGGUAAAGAGGGGUUCCACAAUACUAAAGAACUAUGCCACAGUCUUCGGGGACUCAACCGCCAACAGGUAGAAGUGAUCGAUGAGAUGUUGGCAGGAUAUGAGCAACGCAUGGAGGAAUACUUCGAAAAGUUGCAUGCUCGUUGCUUGGUUUUGGACAUCCCCCGCUCCAUCAUUGAGAAAGCGGAGUCGCUUGUGGUUGAGGUCUUGGCUGCGGGUCUUCUUCAAGAAGUAUCCGACUCUGAAUUGGUGGAUGAACCUGACUCGUCCACGUGA